GCCAGAGUCAAAAGGUCCGAUUGUGUCAUCUGGUGAAGUCAGCGGUCACGUUUUUAGAAUCUUCGAUCUUUUUGAGCUCACAGUUUACAUCCACCACCUAAACAUGAGCAUUUCAGCUCGCUACCUGGGGAUUUUGGUUUGUGGGUUGGUUUUUGCGACGACGGUACAGUGUUCGGUCGGAGGAGAUGAUGACGAGGACGAUGAGUUGUUUGGGGAGGACACGUUGGAAGACCCAUCCACCUCUUUGAUUCUCUUAGCAGCCGCGUUUGCCACACGCCAUUUGUAUUGGCUGGUUCCCACCCUGUUGGUUAUCCUUGCGGUCGAUGUUGUCCUGUUCUUUUAUGCAGCUGGGAGAAUUAUGAAGGAUGAGUUUGUGGUUGUGCGGGCCACAAAGCUGACAAGUCAACCUCCUGCGGUAGUGUGGAAUUGUCUCACUGACUGGGCAAAGUACUCAAAGUGGCGGCGAGAUAUUAUUGGAGCUUCAGAACCUUUGGAGGAAGAUGAAGCGGGCAGGCCAGAUGGAGAGAUCAUGGAAAGGAAUGCAUUGUCAAGAUGGAUAGAGGUGGGCAAAUGGGGAAGGAAAACACUGACAACAGUCAUCGAGGAGGAAAAGAACUCGCUGCAAGUCCGCUCGCAUCAACCUCUACCAAGUGAUGCGCGAUGGCCUAUCUCGGUCUAUCUGAGCUCCAUCACAUCAACAUGGACGAUCGAGAUCACAUCCCCUGCACCUUCCUCAUCGUCUGGAUGCGUCGUGUAUCUCACCCAGCAAAUCAAAAUCGGUAGUCCCUCGCUGCGUCUCCUCAUGGCUCUGAUGGGAUUUGGGGGGGAAGCCGAGCGAUGGCUGGCGGACUUGGCGGCCUUUGUUGGUGAAAAGGAUGCUGUUGUGAUUAGACCUGUUGCUGGAAAAUUGAUGGUAGAGUAGGCAUCUUGUAGAUACGUUUGCAUGAGCCCAUUUGCCUUGUAGAUAUCUUUUUUGCAAAAGCCAUACAUCUUAGUGUGCAGGUGGUAGAAAAUGUCACUAGAGACAAAUUCUCCCUCCAACCCACUACAGCCGGUUCUAAUUUACAAUUAGCCAGCCUGUCCAACCCUUCAUAACCCACCCCUAUCC